AGACGAUGAACACAAAACAUCGGAGAAGUAAACGCAUAAUCAAAUUCGUUAGAAGAAAUGUGUUGGUUUUUAGCAUUUACUCUGUUGAGUAUAAUAACAUUGAGCAGCUGCAUCAACAGACCUGUUUACAAAAUAGUUCUUACACAGAAAGGUUUUUCACAGUUUAUACAAUAUGACAUCGAUACUCCGCCUAUAAGAGAGUUCACGUUUUGUACCUGGGUUCGAUUAUAUGAUUUAAACAAUGAACAAGGCUUGUUUUCGUAUGUUGUUAACGGCAACCGCGUAGUAAGGCUAUGGUUGGACAAUGGAGGGCACUUUAUGAAAGUUUCUAUAAAUGAGAGAACACCGUCCAUGAUUUCCGUUGACAUUGUGCGGGAUUCCUGGAAACAUAUUUGUUUAUCUUAUCAGGCAGAUUACGGUGCCUGGGCUCUUUACAUGGAUGGUAGACUUAUAAGUUGUGAAGCCUUACAGAGUCUCCACGGUUUUGUUUUGCCCGGAGGUGGAAGUGUAAUAAUCGGAUAUGGAACUAGCAAUGCAAUACCAAGUGGAAUAGAAGGCGAAGUAUUUGGUGUCAAUAUGAUACUUACUUCAACGAUAGAGAGAAAUCACACAAUAAAAAGGGACCCACUUUAUGCACAAAAACGAUUCUUACAAAACAGAGUGUUUGGAAACAGAAAUUUAAAAUAUGUUGUCCUCGGUAAACUGGAUUCUAAAGAAAUUAAAAAUAAUUACGAAACUAGCAAAUCACCCCCGACACAGAAAAAAAUUCCAAUUAAUAUAAAAUAUAAAUUUCCCUAUAGUUUCAGUGAAAAUAAUCACUUGGAGGUCACAUCAUUACCUUCUACUUUUAUGGACAAUGCUCUUAGUAAAGAUAUUUUUGAUUUCUCUUUAGCAGAUACAACUGGAUCCACAGAUAAAGUAAUGUUUUGGAAUUUAGUAAAUCAACCUAGACAAGAACCUAAAUAUACUCUGAACCAACCUCAAAGCGAUAUAGAAGUUACAGAUAAUAAAGAAACAGAAAAUAAAACUGCUACCUUAUCAAUUUGGAAUACUUUGUCACCACCAAGAAAGAAAAAUAUUUUCUCGAAAACAUUCAAAUCUACCAAACCGAAUAAUAAGAAUUUUUAUGAAUUAAAUGAUGAUGGCAAUAAUAACAAUGCUACCACAGUUCAUAAUGAAAGCAAGGAGACAUCUAAGACACUAACAUCUUUCCCCCCGGAAAAUUCUUUUAACCAAUUAAUUGGUUCUAAGAUUUCAGGUAAUGUAUUAAACUAUUUGAAAAGAAUAAAUUACUAUAUGAAAGACCCUGUCAAAGUAGCAUUGAAUGUACCACUCGUUAAAAUAUCUGAUAAUUUUGAAAAACCUAAAGAGUUAAAUGGACUUAAAGUUCACCAACCUCUGAAAUUCCAAAGACGUAAUUUCGUUAGCAGACAAUUCGAUAAACGAGAAAUAAAAAUAAACGGAAGUUUUGUCAAUACAAGUGCUAAUCUAGAAGAUCGUAAUUCAAAUAUUACUUUUCUCAAUCUAACGCUAAAAGAACAUGAAAAUAUUACAUCAAAAACUGAUCAAAGGAAUUAUCGAAAUAUUGAUGGGAUACCAUAUAGUAAACAUUAUGAUAAAGAUGAUAUAUACAGAUUUAAUCCUUAUAUAGGAAAAGAGAACAUAAACAACAGAAAUGUAUUUAAUUAUGACGGAGGUAGAAAAAAUAAUCAACACACAAUAUUACCUUUUAUAAAAUCAAUUGAAUAUUUCGUCAAUGAUCGUGAUAACGGCUCAAAUGAAUUAUAUAAUGACGAUAUUAAUACUAGUGACUUAUUUACUAGAAGUGUAAUGCAAGGAAAUAAAUGGCGUAAUGUCCACACUUACAAUAAUGAUUAUACGCCGCGGCGUGUUAAUCUGGAGUCUGGACUGAUACAGAGAAAUGACAUAUCAGAAGCAAAUAGAAAGCUACCGUCGUUGCGAUUGAAAUAUAAGCCUGAAAUCCAGAAGUUCUUAACAGACAAUAAGGAUCCAUCUAUUAUUGAAGGACGCGCACUGGCUAAGGCAGUCUCAAAUCAAUCCAAUCACGGUUCCUUUUCAAUCCUUAAAUACAAUCGUGGAUUUCUGCCAAAACGUAGAAGGGAUCAGAAAUCUUUAGGUAGAGUAAAUCGUGUUUCAAAAACUAAUAAUAAAGAAAAUUCUCCAUUUAUAAAUAAUAAUAGCAAUGACAUUAAAUCUAAUACCUAUCUAGAACCCCUUACAAUAAAUGAAGAAUUAAAUAUAAAUAAACGCCGGCCCGAAUUAAAUAGAAUAGGUGAAACAAGUUCUCAAUUUUACGGUUUGAAAAUUUGUAUGUCUUUACAAGCACAGAAUCAUAAUCUAUAUGUACAACCAGAUGGAAGUAUUGACCUUACACGUAUAGUGUCACCUGUAAAAGAUAAAAACACUGGAGUAGAAUUUAUGAUGCAAAACUACAAACGCUGUUCUUUAAAAGAUUCAAUCUUAGAAGGACAUCCAUUACUUUUCAUAGAUUGGGAUAAGACACCAGUGAGGCUAUUUGGAGGUGCAUAUCCAAAGAAAACUACAGAUCUUUGUGGAUUUUUCUAAUACAAAAAUAUUAAUAUAUAAUUCGUUUGUUGUUUGCUUAUGCUAUGUUGACACAAAAACGAAAUCAACAACGACCAUCAAAUUCCACCAUCUUGCAAUUUAUCUGAAGAGAACAUCUUGUA